GCCAUUUUAACAUGUGUUAAUAGUUGUUAAUUCUUAAACGACCUCCUAUGUCCACAUUAAUUUCUUUUUUGAAAAAUAAGACAUUUUCGUGAUAAAACAAAAUUUCCAUUUUUCUAGCGAACGUAUUUUCUUUGCGUUGACCUUAAAAACGGACAGUAUGUGUACACUGUGCAAUGCUGCAUUAUUUAUCUAAUGUCAAAUUUUAGUGUCAAAUCAUUUAUAAAUAAUUAUGAUGUUUAAUGAUUUAUCCAUUUUUUUUAACAUAAUGUGAAUUUGUUAGAUGCUUGUACAAAGGGGAAUACUUUCUUUUCGCAAUUAUGGAUACAUUAGCAGGACAUAUGAAAAAUAAACAUAUUACUGUUGGAUCGCCUAUUUUAAAGUCCCUAGAACCAAAUCUCAUCUACACGGGUUUGGAAAAUGCUUCCGGUGAUCCUUCCUUAAACAAUGGGUUGAUGUAUCAAGAGAUGUCCAGUUUAAAUUUGACUGACGAUAUUGAUCAUCAUGUACAGGGACAUAAAAGUAUUUUGUUACUAGACGAUCGUGAACGACUUAGGGUUAAUUCUGUAGAAAGCUUUCUAAAGUCAUUAAAAAUAGAACCUAACACCAAGGUUAAAGUGGUUUCGAUAUUUGGAAACACUGGCGAAGGAAAAUCAUAUACAUUAAAUACGGUUUUCUUUGAUGGGAAAGAAGUAUUUCGCACAUCCACCGCUCAAACGUCUUGUACCUUAGGAGUAUGGGCAAUGUAUAAUUCUGAUUUAAAUGUCAUAUGUCUGGAUACUGAAGGUUUGCUAGGUAUCUCGAAAAAUGAACAUCAACGUACUCGACUACUAUUAAAGGUACUGGCUGUUUCGGAUGUAAUCAUAUAUAGAACGAGAGCGGAACGCCUACAAAGAGACAUGUACACUUUUCUAGGAGGUGCUUCGAAGGCAUACAAAGAACACUUCUCUGCCGCUCUGAAGAAGGUACUGGCCAAAACCGAUUGUGAGAAAAUUGCAGGCGGUUUAGGGCCGGGCGUGAUUAUCUUUCACGAGACUCAUUACACCGACACCUUACACGAAAGUGCUAGUGUGACACAAUCAGUGGAAGAUAUCUUACACACCACAUUCGCGGACUUGAACAUGUCGUAUGAUGCAUUUAGUUUCAUCAAAUACGUGGGAGUUAAGACGGUCAAUUCCGUUACGUCAUUUGAAAAGUUAAAGAACGCUUUGUUUGAGAAAUUGGAAAAUACUGAGGUUAGGUCGCCCCGAGAUGCUAAAUAUGUGUUCCUGACCCUGAAGAGUUUGAACGAGAAGUUCCAAAACCAGAUAAGCGACGCCAGUCCUCAGUUGUACUUGCCGGCUUUUUUUACCUGUACGGAUAAAUGUCAGUCGUGUAAAAACAGUUGUGUCCUGUCAAUGGGUCACAAAGAUGAAGGGGAACCACAUCACAGCGACAAAAGUUGCAAAUUUCAACACCAGUAUCAAAACUGUGUGUACUUGUGUAAGAUUUGUUACAAAAACGGUAAUAAAAUAGUCGUAAAACCGAGUUAUCAAACGACUUCCGACAAUUCCUGGUCCAGCUACCUCAAUUACGUGUGGUCGGGGUACGUGAUAGAAUGCCCGAAUUGCGGCGAGAUAUACAGAAGCAGGCAGCACUGGUACGGCAACAAGAACCCCGAGGACUGUGCGGUCCGUGUGGAGAUAGUCCACAUAUGGCCAGGCGACAAAUAUUAUUUUCAGGAAAAAUCGUUGCUGGGAUCUCAGAAUUCCGCCCAGAAGGUCAUAGAUGGCGUCACGAUGAUUUCCGACCUGGUGGCUAGCGUCGGGUCUCAGCCGAAGAAGAUGAUAAGCGAACUGGCCGCCGACAAAAUCGCGCCCCCUUGUUGGAAAUCCAACCUCGAAAGUAGGGAUUGCUACAUAUGCCGCACCCCGUUCUCGGACGCCCUCCGAAGACACCACUGCCGCGCGUGCGGCGAGACCGUCUGCGACCCCUGCUCGUCCAAGAGGCAGACCGUCCCGUCCAGGGGCUGGUUUUCUGACGUUAGGGUCUGCGACCAGUGCUACAGGGACUCGCCCCCCAGCCUCACCACCAACUCGGAUGGCACGGAGAACCGAGCCCGCGUGAUAGGCGAGACGGUCGUCAACACCCUGGCCGCCGUCAAGUCCGUCGUCUACGACAAGCCCAAGGAGCUGCUGAAGGACGCGGCGAGGCCCGUAUAUUGGACGCCGGACGACGAGUGCAUCAACUGCUCGAUAUGUCAGAAACCGUUCGGGCUGCUCCUGUACCUCCACCACUGCAGGAACUGCGGGAAGGGCGUCUGCGACGACUGUUCGAAGGCGAGGAAGCCGGUGCCGUUGCGCGGCUGGGAGUACCCGGUGAGGGUGUGCGACAACUGUCACUAUUUAUGAGCUGGUAUUUUCGUUGAGAUUUUUAUAUAAGGUUAUCGAUUUUUAUAGUUUUUGUUUGAUUUACGUAAGGUACAAAUUUAUAAUAAUCAGAGAUAAUUAUCGUUGUUGUUAUGUCGGCGGUGAACUGGUAACUUUCUUUAUAAAUAUAUAUACGAUGGAACGGUUGUAGUGGUCGUCGGUGGCGUAGCGGAACUAAGAGGUAAAAUAUUUUCGAUAGGGAAGUUAAUACAGGGUGGUUGGAUUUUUUCAGGCCAACGUUUGGCAGCAGGUUAUCGAUAAAUAAAAAUAGUUUGUUAAAUUAGAAAAAUGCUUACUUUUGAGUUACAGGGUGUUAAAAUUUUCAUAAAAAAAAAUUUUUCAAAUAGUUUUUUAUCGGUGUUAUAAAAGCGAGACGUUUUCAAUACGUUUGGAAGUUCCUUUCGGCAACACAAAAGGAAAAAUUUUGCAAAUUUCGCAAUAUUAAAAAAUAUGGAACACUUCACAUUUUUGAGAAAAUUGGAUAAUAUUCAGCAAUUUCGCAAAACUGUUAGAGAAUAAUUAAAAUUUUUGUCGUUUUCAAAAAAAAAAAAAAUUAAAAAUAUGCCACAUUUCCUAAUUUUACGACGGUUAUAUCAUUUAAAACAAAUUAACAAGCCCUUCAGGCUUGAACUUAUUUAUUCUCCUUUGCACUUCAUGAAAAUUAUUCCAAAAUAAAUUUUUGAGCAUUUUACGAUUGCAAUUUUUAACUGUGUUUUCAAUAUUUCAGUUUAUCGACUUCAUAGAAACGGAGAAUGGCUAGUUUUUCAGUCUCCUACGUAUUUCAAAAUUAUAUUUUAAUAUACAGGGUGUCCGGAAAUUAACGCAACAAAAUUUGGUCAUAGAUUCUUAAGU